AUGGCGUCCUUGGAGGCGGCGUCCACUCGGCAGCGCCGGCACCUGAACACGCCCUCCCCCUCCAGCCGCUCCAAGAAGAGCAACCCCAUCCCAGAAAUGCACCACCGCCACUACCGCCCGAUCAAUCGACGGAUCAAUUGGAAGCAGCAAGACAAGGGGGAAAAGGGAAAGCACCGGUCGGUCCCGGUUCUCGGCUCCCAAGGAAAGAAGAAAGAUAAGGAACCUUUCCUUGAAGAGAUGGCUACCGAGAAGAGAUGGUGCGGAAAAGGGAGAUGGGAGUGGAGUGUGGGUGGCAGCAACCCCAACUCUGCAACAGCGCGUGAACAGCAUGUAUUUAUGGCGAAGAAGGUCUGA